UUCAGUAAUUGUGUAGCAAUUGUGAGAUAAAGUGAAACGAUACUUUGUAAAAUGAAAAGCUAAAUGUUACAUUGUUAAUCGAGAAAAUUGUUUUAGCGGAAAAUAUUUCGUAGUUUGAAAUUUUAGUGUAAAACGUGCAAUUUAUCUAUGUUCAAAAUUGGUGAAAUAUAAGCGCUUUGGAUGUGGACUUCAACUGGAAAUAGACACAUACAUAAAAACAUCAUAAAUCAAUAACUUAAAUAUCAAUACUAGCCAGUUAAGUUACUGCGCUGCUGCGCUUCUGCGCGCUGACACCUGUGGGUAUAGGGCACAUUGUACACUUAAUCAAUAAACAUUGGUAGUCUUACCUGGAAUUUGGAUAUCAUAGUAGACUAAUAAAAUAAAAACAGUGAAUCAAAGAGUUAUUCUUUAUUGCUUAGUUUCGUAAAAGUUGCUUACAAAUAACUUCUUGACCAAUUUGAGUAACAUGUUGGAAUUGUUUAAAGCAUUCAUUUCUAAAUUGAAUUGAAUUAACAAAUAUGUAUACACCAAAUUUAUCGUUGAUUGAUUACGGUAUCUUUGUACAUAUCAUAUUUUUAAUUUCCAUUUUUGAUAUAUACUUUAAAUCUCCGGUGGUUAAAGAUGUUGUACCCUAUGAACCAAUCCAUGAGCCAACAUCUAAUCGACUUAUUCUCUUUGUGGUGGACGGGCUACGAGCUGAGUCCUUUGUAAAUCACACAACUAUGCCAUACCUUAGGUACAUUGCCAACUCAGAGGGAAGAUGGGGAAUAUCACACACUCGAGUUCCAACAGAAUCCCGGCCUGGACAUGUUGCUAUCAUUGCUGGUUUCUAUGAAGACCCCUCAGCUGUUACCCAAGGGUGGAAAGAUAAUCCUGUUGAUUUUGAUUCAGUGUUCAACAGAACAAAAUAUACAUGGUCUUGGGGAGCAUAUGAUAUAGUUGACAUCUUUACUAAAGGAACUGUUGAUGGACACAUUUAUGUCACCAAAUUUGAUCCAUAUGACAAGGCAUUUUGUGCAGAUAAAAGUAAUAUGUUGCUAGAUGAAUGGGUAUUCCAACAUGUCCAAAAAUUUUUCAAUACUGCUGAGACUGAUGCAUUCUUAAACAAGAAACUACAUACUAAUAAAAUAGUACUGUUUUUGCAUUUAUUAGGCACAGACACCUCCGGACAUACUGAUAAACCAGGAACACAAAAUUUUCUUCGUACAGUAGAACAUGUGGACGAGAAUAUUAAAGACAUAGAAGAAAUGAUCAGGAAUUUUUACAAAAAUGAUGGUAAAACUACCUUUCUUAUGACUUCUGACCAUGGAAUGACAAAUUGGGGUUCCCAUGGUACUGGAGACGACCAUGAGACUCAAACGCCAUAUGUGUUGUGGGGAGCAGGUGUGCAACAAGUUAAGCAUUUGACUAAUGAUAAGGAAACUAAAAACAUGUCCUCGGAACAUAGAUAUGACAUAGAACAAGCAGAUUUGGCUCCAUUGAUGUCUACUUUUCUAUCAAUUCCAGUACCAGUUAAUUCAAUUGGUAAACUUCCAGUUGAUCUCUUAAACAUGACAUUGCCGAAUAGGGCCAAAGCAAUGUAUAGCAACAGCAAGCAGCUUUUGUCUCAGUACAAUAAAAAGAAACAAGAUGUCGAAGAUCAUGUUAUUAACAUAUUAUACAAACCAUAUAAUCCAUUGAACUCUGAGAAAAUUGAAGAAAUCACUACAUUCUCAGAAAAAUUACUCAACGAAAAUCAAUAUGAGGAGUUAAUUUUAUUCAGCGAGGAAGUCAUGAAUUUGAGCUUAGCUGGUCUAAAUUAUUACCAUAACUAUUACCAGAAACCUCUAUUGAUUGCAACAACAUUGUCCUUCCUCGGCUGGAUAGUUUGCUUGUUUAAUAUAUUACUGGACGACAAUGUUUGUGCUCUGAUAGAAAUUUACAAGCUGAAGUGUGCCAAGCCUAAGGAAAAUUAUACAUUAAAAUGUUUCACUAAAUUUGUAACAGGAUCAUUGUACAUCGUGACUAUAGGUCUCAUAUAUGUGCAAAACUUACCAUAUCUAUAUUAUUUAUUUUUUCUAACUCCGAUCAUUCUAUGGACAAAUGCUUUGAAGUAUUUCGACAUUUGGAUCUAUACACUUACACUUAUUCGAAUGUACAGAAGAGUUUUUGAUACAAUUAUUGAAAUUUGUUGUUAUACACUUGGAUGUCUGGCGAUGGGCUUGUCACUUACCCACAGAUGGAUGUUAAGCAUUCCACUAAUCGGUAUGGGCUUUUGGCCAUGUUUUUCUUCAUCUCGUAAUCUAAUACCUAAGCCAUUACAUGCGUGUUGGAUGAUCGGAUGCAUGUUGCUAAGCAUUUUUUCAUUCAUGCCAGUUGUAGGACGUGCGGUUUACAUUGAAUUGGUUUUGUUAGCUGGAUCAAUCUGGAUGUUGGCAAUGAUGAUGUUUACAUUUCUUUGGAAGGACAGUCGGACAAAUAGAAGGGAUAUUAUAAUAACUUUGACACAAUCGAUUAUAAUGGGACUAUCUCUUUAUAUCAUUUUCAUACAAGCUAGACGAUAUGAGCAAAGAUUUGCACUUUUGGGUUUUCUUCAAACCCUAUGCUGGAUUAUAUUAGUGGUAAUGUUGCUCUUGCCGUUUGGACACACUCGCAGAAUGAGCAGUCGCCUGUUGGGUGUCAACACGUCCAUUGUCAACAUUUACCUGCUCUUAUCCGUUAGCCAUGAAGCUCUCUUCAUUGUUGUUUUAAUAUUUAACAUCACUUGCUGGAUGAUCAUCGAAUUCAAAUUCCUCAAUUUGAAUAAUGUUAAGCUAACUGAUUAUACAUUUUCGAAAGACAGCGAAGAAUUGGAUACCAUUAUAUUACCAGUUUAUCGUACCCUCACCAGCAAUGACUUCCGAAGGGCAUUCUUCUUUACACUGUACAUUAUCCUUGCGUUCUUCGGUACUGGCAACAUCGCUUCUUUGAAUUCAUUUGAAAUACGCUGGGUGAUAUGUUUCACGACUUCAUACCAGCCAUUUAUCAUCACUGGUCUCGUGUUUUUGAAGACAUUGAUGCCAUUCUUGUGCGUUGGUUGCACGUUCAAAGCGGUACAGCAUAUUACAAAGGCCACCUCGGAGUAUUUGAUAACAAUUGUGUUGAUUUACUCCAACAUCAUGGGUACCCAACUACUUUACUACGUCAAGAAUACAGGCAGCUGGUUAGAAAUAGGCACCUCUAUAUCUCAAUUUGUUAUUGUACAAAUUAUAACUCUUUUUAUUGUUGGUAUUAACAUAUUUUCUAAGAUAUGGACCGAGGAGGAUAUCUAUAGUUUUGCUUUUAAAAUAUUCGGAAGGAGAAAGAAGAAUGCUUAAGCGUUUUUUUUUCUGUAAGUUUUGUAAUGAUUAAUUUAUUUUUUAAUGAGUCACGACUGGCGCCAUUUUAUGACUGAUUUAUUUGUUCUGUUAUCGUAUCUAC